GAAAUGUGGGGUGACGGACACCAGAUUCGUUCCUUCAUGCACAUCUCAGACUGCGUGGAAGGCACUAUCCGCAUCAUGAACUCGGACCAUGCGAUUUUGGCGCAAGGCCAGCCCGUGAACCUUGGGUCCUCGGUGCCGGUGACGCUUCGCGAACUGGCUCAGAUGACGAUCAGCUUCAGCGGAAAGGACCUUACAAUUUCCUGCAAAAAGGGACCAGAGGGUUAAGGCUCACUUGAUCUUCUUUAGUAUCUUCUUAUUAUAAUCUUCGUGCAAGCUGCUGUAGUUGUGAGUUUCGUGUUUUGAACCAGGUCGAGUCACCUGGUGUUCUCUCUGCUGUAAAAAUAGGUUUAUACUUUGCUCCUCACUUUUGAACAAGAGAUCAUGAAAGUGAAAAAGUAGGUUGAUGAACUUCAGAAGGGAACAAGGUUUUUCUUGUUUUUAUGCUCGAAAGAGUUUUCACCUUCUAUUUCUAACACCUCGUUCGCGCUCGAACAUCCGAUAAUAGGCUUCUCCGGGAGAUUUUGGGCUGGGAGCCUGCGGUGCCGCUCGAGACUGGUUUAAAAGAAACGUAUGAUUGGAUCGAGGGGGUGAUAAGAAGGGAGCAGAAAAGCCAUGAUCAUCUGCCAAAUGCUGGGCAGCUCUUCGACACGAAUGCGCAUGCGCAAAUAUUAGUUCCGAAGUCAUAUUCAGUCUCACAAAUCGUUCCGCAGGAGGAAUGUGCCUUGGAUCUGUGCGGGGGCAGCCAUCAUGUUGACCAUGAGAAGUAGUUGUAGAAAUAAGGCGACAAAUUCAAAACGAAAUUGCAACCAACGAAGUUUAGGGGUUUCGAAGGUACCCACAUCAAUACCAAGAACCCUAGUCAAGAAUUACCGGCAUCUGCUUGCUGCUCUAAUGCGAACGAAAACGAAUUCUGUUAGAAGAGGUCUGACAAAGAGACACAACGCUGAGACUUACUGCUAACACUGUCGUUUAUCUGCAGCAUUUUUUGCGAGUACAAGAAGAAAAUACAUGAAAUUUGUGCUGUGAAAUAAUUCUGGAUAUUGAAGAGAGUACUCAAGUAUUUGUACUUUGAUUUAGAGCAAAGAUUUGACGUUCCGCACGAUCCAUAGCUUUUCCUCGUUCAUGUAUGAUACAGAUGUAGAAUCUUGGUGGAUGGUUCUUUUGGGUAAUGUGUGUAUAAUGGUAGUGGUCCCAAUCCCAUUCAUAUUCUUCAUGUGCUAUGGCUAUGCUCGCUCUGGCUUAUAUCAGUCAUUCUUUUGAUGACCUCAUCCCAUUUCAUUCAUUGUUAUCAGUCAUUCUUUUGAUGACCUCAUUCCAUUUCUUUUGUGAUACAUCGUUCAUCAUAGUGUCGUCCAAUAGUACUAUGAUGUGGUAUGACAGACUCAACACGAAGCGAGGCGACCGUGUUCUUGAGAACUACAUUACGACGG